ACUCAUUGAUUAGGAACCAGACAACUAGCUUUCCUUCUCGUCUCCCUGCCUGCUUUUCGUCAACGUUAAUUUUCUGUUACUCUGAAGCCAAGGCUAUCUUCUCUCCAUCAUCCGUUACCCAUCGAACAUACAAUUUAAGGAGCAAUGUCAACGCCAUCGGCGUCAUGGAUGCAAGAAUUCAAUGAAGCAUCAAAACUGGGUGAUGAAAUUAAUGGUAUGAUUUCUGGGAAGAAUUCCUUGCCUUCAUCAGGACCAGAAACACAAAGGCAUCUUUCGGCAAGUAGAAGAAAGAUCACUAUUUUAAGAACUAAACUUGAUAUUUUGCAGUCCCUUCUGUCAGAACUUCCUAGCAAGCAACCAAUAACCGGGAAAGAGAUGAAUCGACGUCAAGACAUGCUGAAAAAUCUGAGUACUAAAGUUAACCAGAUGGCUAGUAUUCUCAAUAUGUCCAGUGUUGCUAACAGAGAGAACUUGCUUGGGCCUGAUAAGAAGACAGAUGAUAUUGUGGAUAGAGCAUCUGGCUUGGACAACCAUGGUCUUGUUGGCUUUCAACGGCAAGUUAUGAAAGAACAAGAUCAAGGCCUUGAGAAAUUGGAGGAGACAGUGAUAAGUACGAAACACAUUGCUUUGGCUGUCAACGAGGAACUUUCCCUACACACUAGGCUUCUGGAUGACUUGGAUGAGCACGUGGAUGUAACAAAUUCUCGUCUACAGAUGGUUCAAAGGAAAUUGGCUUUUCUGAACAAACGCACCAAGGGCGGCUGCUCUUGCUUGAUCUUGCUGGUUAUUGCCGUUGUCAUUCUAAUUGUUGUCAUAUGGCAACUGUUUCAACAUUUGUAACUCUUGAGGAUAUCACGCUCCAGAUUGUGAUGUAUUUUUCUGCCACUGGCGCUUUGUGGAAUUGCCAGGCUGCUCUUUCUCGGCAGAGGAACAAUGUUUGUUGGUCAUGAAUGUUCGGAGAUUUGCACUGGGAAGUCACUUAUUUUGUCCGGUCGUGUUGAAAGUUUUUUAUUUAAAAACAUAUUAAAAUAAUUUUUUUAAGAUUUCUUUUUAUUUUUGAUAUUACCAUAUUGAAGAUUAAAACAAAAAUAUAUGUUUUUGUAAGUGAAAUAUACUUUUAAAAGGCUUCAAAUAGAAGCUAUUGUAAUCCCGAACACUAUUUUUGCAUUUUGUAGCAGUUGUUAUGAAUCAAAAGAAGAAUUUCUUCAUUACA